UGUCAUUUUGGAAUAGUUUCCCCUGAACGCUGCUUACCUAGCAACCGCAGUCGCUACGAAGCAAAGCUCCGUAACAGUGCUGUGCAAAUCUACGUAUAGGGUCUCAAAAGCUCAACUAAGACGAACUGAUAAAAAUUAUUUCCUAAAGCGAAAUAUUUUCAUAAAAUGAGCGAUUUCCAAGAACUGAAAUACGGCGACAGGCGGCAGGACUGGCACCAGACAAGUACUGAAGUCGGCCAUCAUUACAGGCCAGGAUAUUAUUUUCCAGACACCGAGUUUACCACUAUCAUAAGAGAUCCUCUUCCUCCUUAUUUGGCCAAAGAAGAUGAGCUCACUAGAGGGCAGCACUAUCAAACUACAUCAGGAUUUUACCACGACAGGAAACCCCACACUUUGUUAUAUGGAGAACGCAUUCACAAGAAAGCUCCAGGCCACUGGAAGGUCAACUACAUCAAGGACCUUGCUGAAAAGAUAGGAAAAGGUGGGUGGAGGCAGCCCCUGACAAUGGGAAAUCAGCUGAGCGAGAUGAAGGCUGAGUACAAUGGGCAGCCUGGUCUUAGAGAAAAAUACAACUUUGAGGAGGUCUUCUAUCCACAAAACUUUACUCUACAAGAUCAUCACAAAGAUGGACCAUCAAAGUAUGGUGAAGGCUCAACCCAGAACCCAAAGCUUCAAGGAGAACCAUUCUAUGUGCGAGACAAGGGCAUCUUGCAUAAUCUGGAUCCUUACCUCAGCACAACACACAAGGACCAUCGCUCAUUCAAGCUGUCUGAACUGAAAGGUUAUGCCAAAAAGGACAUACCAACAUUUUGGGACUGUGAGGAGUACCCAAAGGCUUGGGGUCAUGGGCAGAAACACAACUCACUUCCUAAACACACUGUACCACGAGAAAAGCUGCCAAUGAGAGACACAAUGGUCUUCCCAACUGCUACUAAAAUCCCACGCCCUCCUAAGGCCAUGAUUCCAGUGCCACAUCAGGGCCUGAAAUCUGAAUAUGCAGGCAACUAUGUGCCACAAGACCAUGUGAGACAGAAGGAGAAUUAUUACUGUGCAGUUGACACUCCAUUUGUACUUCCUAACCCUGGAACUAAAUCCAUUUUCACUGCACCUAAGAUGUACAACACUGAGUAUCAGCACAUUGGAAGCAAUAAACCAGUCACUGUGUGAUAAUCCACCUCCAAAAUCUGACUCCAUGCAGUAUGCAAGCAUGCAAAUCUGCAGCAUUCGUUUAAUUUCACAGUUUUCCUGUAAUAGUGUUAUUCAACACUUCAACUUCUUUUCUUCCUUAUUUACCAUACCAGUAGAAAGAUGCAACAUGACUGUGACUAAUGCUCACAGCUACUAAAUAGGCUAUGUGUGCAACGAACUAAGGUCCAAAAGAAUUGGAUUUUUUAAGGCAGUUGAGAGACAAAAUACUGCAUGAGUGGGUUAGAAGAGAGAGCAGUGCGAGUCAAGUGCAGAGUAUGAGAUAAGUAGCAGACAGUCAAUGAGAAGCAGCAAAAAUGUAGUUGAAGAUGCAUAGUUUUGUUUAUUAUAACUAUUUUAUCAUUUAUUGACUAGAAUGAGGAUAUUGUACCAAGAGCUUGCAGGCAAUGGCCAGAUAUUUUUUGGAAUUAAAAAAUUACUUGAAUAAUAUAAACUAAGUUGCACAGGUGCAUCGAGAAAUAUCCACUGAAUACUUUGAGACAGUUUGAAAAGUGUCUUACAGUAAUUUACACAACAUGCAAAUAAUGUGGUCAAAGAUUAAAUUAUGACCCAUGACUUUUAUAAACCUGUGUCUGCAAAGACAUUAUGAAAGAAAUUUACACACUUCCUAAUGCAUUUUCACGGAACACUUUUACGACUUUGCUUUUAUGCACAUAAGCAUGCGAGAGAGAGAGAGCGCAGAAAAUCAUCCUGGAUGAGGUGGGAACAGGCAGGAGGGUGUGUGUGCGCGCACGUUUGAGAGAGAGAGAGAGAAAUGGGAGUACAAUUGCCAUCAUAAUCUAUUUUGUUAAAAUAAAAUGUGUAUAAAUAUAAGAUGACACUUUUACCAGUAUUACAACUGUAGUAUGUACACCGUUUAAAUUGAUACAAACAUAUGGCUUUUGAUGUGUUAAUAAACAUGUGUUAAGGAAUGUUUCAAGAAUUGUUUACUGCUGUAUUCAGUAAAAUCUAUUUAUUUAUUCAGUGACCAUUAAUAAAGUCUGUUUUUGUGCA